AUGACUAUCUUGAAUAAAUUUGACUCAAAAAAAUAUAGUGGCUUACUGUCCCCCAAAAAAGCGAACGACGAAUUAGAUCUCAGAAAAUCCGAAUUUAAGGAACUAUUGGCCAAAAUUGAACAAUUAACUGAAAAAAAAGGCAUUGAGUUAGGGCUUCGAUUACUUCAUAGCCAUGAAAUACCCUUAGAAGAUGGACAAGCGAUGAUAGAAACGUUCUCUGAGUAUGAGGGAAAACCUGCAUUUAUUACAUCAGCAGAUUUACCAGAUAAUUCAUAUCCAGCAAGUUGGAUUUUAAAUGAUGAAGAACUUUUAGUGUUUGAAUAUUCGACAGACCCAUACGUGAAGCGAAUAUAUGAAAAGCUUCUUGAGGAUUCAUCUGUUCUGAAUGAAAUUAAUGCGCUCAUUAAAACAUAUAAUCUAGAGUCUUUAAUUGGGCCGUGCAUUACUGCCAGAGACAUGUUGAGUAAUUUUGACAUGAAGCAAGGCCAAUCUUUAGUUGAACAUACUGUCAAAGAUGACGGUAGAUACAAAAAUGUUGUUCAAAGUCUACCGAAUGUACCUUCUUCAAAUGGUAUUAAAACAUUGUGGGGAGCUAAAUUGAAUAAUGCCUGCAUUACUUAUCUUCCCUGUUAUUGUUGUGUUCAUGGAAAACCACAUUAA